UGUCCCUUUAAGGUUUGCUUUGCGGCCCGUGGACUUUAGCCUAAACACGGACCCGCGAAGCUGGCUUUAUUUGUCCAUGUCCCGGACAGAGCCUGGGAGGCUGCCAGUGGGAUUUCAGAGACCGAGGGCGCGAAGGGGCGGGCGAUGUGGCAAUCCGUCUGGGAUGUGAAAAGCGUGGAGCGGAUUUAGAGGCAUUCGACGCAAACACAGGAAAUCACUCCUCUCCCGCUCCUGGGCGCCGCGGCCGGCUGGGGCCGAGGACCGAGGACCGCGGCGGCAGCGGGCGGAGGGGCCCAGCGCGCAGCCUCCACGCGGGGUCCUGCCAGGUCCUGCCCUCGGAACCAGCGCGCCCCAGGGGCUGCGGCCGCUCCGGCCAUGGCCCCCCGGCGCCGCGCCAGCCCAGGGGUCGCUGUCGCCUGCUGCUGGCUCCUUACCGUUAUUCUAGGCUUCUGCGCAUCAUUCAAUGUUGAUGUGAAAAAUUCGAUGACAUUCAGUGGCCCAGUGGAGGACAUGUUUGGAUAUACUGUUCAACAAUAUGAAAAUGAAGAAGGAAAAUGGGUGCUUAUUGGUUCUCCUUUAGUUGGCCAACCCCAAAACAGAACUGGAGAUGUCUAUAAGUGUCCAGUUGGAAGAGGUGAAUCGUUACCUUGCAUAAAGUUGGAUCUACCAGUUAAUACGUCAAUUCCCAAUGUCACAGAAAUAAAGGAAAACAUGACAUUUGGAUCAACUUUAGUCACCAACCCAAACGGAGGGUUUCUGGCAUGUGGGCCCUUAUAUGCCUAUAGAUGUGGACAUUUGCAUUAUACAACUGGAAUCUGUUCUGAUGUCAGCCCCACAUUUCAAGUUGUGAACUCCAUUGCCCCUGUACAAGAAUGCAGCACUCAACUGGACAUAGUUAUAGUGCUGGAUGGUUCCAACAGUAUUUACCCCUGGGAAAGUGUUACAGCUUUUUUAAAUGACCUUCUUGAAAGAAUGGAUAUUGGUCCCAAGCAGACACAGGUUGGAAUUGUACAGUAUGGAGAAAAUGUAACCCAUGAGUUCAACCUCAAUAAGUAUUCAUCGACGGAAGAGGUACUUGUUGCAGCAAAUAAGAUAAUCCAGAGAGGUGGCCGCCAGACUAUGACAGCCCUUGGAAUAGACACAGCAAGAAAGGAGGCAUUCACUGAAGCCCGGGGUGCCCGAAGGGGAGUUAAAAAGGUCAUGGUUAUUGUGACUGAUGGAGAGUCCCAUGACAACCACCGACUGAAUAAGGUCAUCCAAGACUGUGAAGAUGAAAACAUUCAACGAUUUUCCAUAGCUAUUCUUGGCAGCUAUAACCGAGGAAAUUUAAGCACUGAAAAAUUUGUGGAGGAAAUAAAAUCAAUUGCAAGUGAGCCCACUGAAAAGCAUUUCUUCAACGUCUCUGAUGAAUUGGCUCUAGUCACUAUUGUCAAAGCUCUGGGAGAAAGAAUAUUUGCCCUGGAAGCUACAGCUGACCAGUCAGCAGCUUCAUUUGAAAUGGAAAUGUCUCAGACCGGCUUCAGUGCUCAUUAUUCACAGGACUGGGUCAUGCUUGGAGCAGUGGGAGCCUAUGAUUGGAAUGGAACAGUUGUCAUGCAGAAGGCUAAUCAAAUCAUAAUCCCUCAAAAUACAACCUUUAAAGUUGAGUCUAAAACGAAUGAACCUCUUGCUUCUUAUUUAGGCUACACAGUCAACUCUGCCACUGCUUCUGGCCAUGUGCUCUACAUUGCUGGACAGCCUCGGUACAAUCACACAGGACAGGUCAUCAUCUACAGCAUGGAAGACGGAGACAUCAAAAUUCUCCAGACCCUCCGUGGAGAACAGAUCGGUUCCUACUUUGGCAGUAUUUUAACAACCAUUGACAUUGAUAAAGAUUCUAAUACUGACAUUCUUCUAGUCGGGGCUCCCAUGUACAUGGGAACAGAGAAAGAGGAACAAGGAAAAGUGUAUGUGUACGCGCUGAAUCAGACAAGGUUUGAAUAUCAAAUGAGCCUGGAACCUAUUAAGCAGACUUGCUGUUCAUCUCUGAAGCACAAUUUAUGCACAAAACAAAACAAAAAUGAGCCAUGCGGGGCUCGUUUUGGAACAGCUAUUGCCGCUGUAAGAGACCUCAAUCUUGAUGGAUUUAAUGACAUCGUGAUAGGAGCUCCGCUGGAAGAUGAUCACGGGGGAGCCGUGUACAUUUAUCACGGAAGCGGCAAGACUAUUAGGAAAGAGUAUGCACAACGUAUCCCUUCAGGUGGGGAUGGCGAGACACUGAAAUUUUUUGGCCAGUCUAUCCAUGGAGAAAUGGAUUUAAAUGGUGACGGUCUGACAGAUGUGACUAUCGGGGGCCUUGGAGGUGCUGCCCUCUUCUGGUCCCGAGAUGUGGCUGUAGUUAAAGUGACCAUGAAGUUCGAACCCAAUAAAGUGAAUAUUCAAAAGAAAAACUGCCUUGUGGAGGGAAAGGAGACAGUAUGCAUAAAUGCUACAGUGUGUUUUGAUGUGAAAUUAAAAUCUAAAGAAGACACGAUUUAUGAAGCUGAUUUGCAGUAUCGUGUCACCCUUGAUUCACUAAGACAGAUAUCACGAAGUUUUUUCUCUGGAACUCAAGAGAGAAAGAUUCAAAGAAACAUCACAGUUCGAGAAUCAGAAUGCACUAAGCACUCCUUCUACAUGUUGGACAAGCAUGACUUUCAGGAUUCUGUGAGAAUAACUCUGGAUUUUAAUCUUACUGAUCCAGAAAAUGGGCCCGUUCUUGAUGAUUCUCUACCAAACUCAGUACAUGAACAUAUUCCCUUUGCCAAAGAUUGUGGAAACAAGGAAAAAUGUAUCUCGGACCUCACGCUGGAUGUAUCCACCACAGAAAAGGGCCUGCUUAUUGUCAGGUCCCAGAAUGACAAGUUCAACAUCAGCCUCACGGUCAAAAACAAAAAGGACAGUGCCUAUAACACCAGGACAAUAGUGCAUUAUUCUCCAAAUCUAAUCUUUUCAGGAAUUGAGGCUAUCCAAAAAGACAGUUGUGAAUCGAAACAUAAUAUCACAUGUAAAGUUGGAUAUCCUUUUCUGAGAAGAGGAGAAAUGGUAACUUUCAAAAUACUAUUUCAGUUUAACACAUCUCAUCUAAUGGAAAAUGUGACCAUUCAUUUAAGUGCAACAAGUGACAGCGAAGAACCUCCUGAAACCCUUUCUGAUAAUGAAGUAAAUAUUUCUAUCCCGGUAAAAUAUGAAGUCGGUCUACAGUUUUACAGGUAGGAGAAAAGUGAAU